CUGCUCCGGGACGUGUUUUGUUUUCCCGUGUUUGAUUUGGAUGUUCAGACGGGAUCGGGUCACACCCACCGUGACACACAGCCGCCCUCCACUUCCUCAUUUCCAGUCCGUACUCGCGACCUCCAAUCAUCGCAUCACAUCACGCACGCAUCCCGGUGUCAGAGAUGAGUUACCCCGGAUACCCUCCCGCUGGUGGAAGUUACCCGCCCGCCUCCGGCCCGUAUCAGCAGGCCCCGGGCGGAUACCCCCCCCAGCCGGGAGCUUACCCUCCCCAGGGCGGAUACUACCCUCCUCAGCCCGGAGCCUACCCCCCCGGAGCAGGAUACCCUCCCCAGGCCGGAGGUUACCCUCCUCAGGCCGGCGGUUACCCAGCUGCCCCGGGAGGAGGCUUUCCGCCCCAGGCCGGAGGUUACCCAGCCGCCCAGCCCGGGACCUACCCCAACAUGCCCCCUGCAGCAGGUGGAUGGGGCGGCCAACCCGGCUUUGGAGCUCCGGCUGGAGGAAUGCCUCAGGGUUACCCCGGGGGUCCAGCGCCGGGUCAGCAGCCCAUGCCGGCGUACCCCGGUGCUCCGAACCCGUCCAUGCCCGGCUACGGAGGAGGCGUCCCGACCGGACCCACGCCUCCCGUCGGGCCCGCUGUCAAUAAGGGCUUUCGAGGAACCAUCAAGGACUUUCCUGGAGCUGAUCCGCUCCGAGACGUCGAGGUGUUGAGGAAAGCCAUGAAGGGCUUCGGAACCGACGAAAACGCCAUUAUUGAGCUUCUGGGGAGUCGGUCGAACAAGCAGCGCGUGCCGUUGAAGGCGGCCUAUAAGACCACGUAUGGCAAGGAUCUGGUUAGUGACCUGAAGUCGGAGCUGACUGGAAACUUUGAACAUCUGGUGCUGGCCACGCUGAAGUCUCCUGCUCAGUUUGAUGCCUCUGAACUCAGGGAGGCCAUAAAGGGCGCAGGAACCGAUGAGGCCUGUCUCAUAGAGAUUCUGUCCUCUCGUGGAAAUGCUGAGAUUCAGGAGAUCACUAAGCUCUACAAGGCCGAGUACGGUAAGUCUCUGGAGGACGCCAUCAUCAGCGACACGUCCGGACACUUCCGCCGUCUGCUCGUCUCUCUCGCUCAGGGCAAUCGAGAUGAGAGAGAGACUGUGGACAUUUCUCUGGCCAAACAGGACGCUCAGAAACUCUACGCUGCGGGAGAGAAUAAAGUGGGCACGGACGAGUCUCAGUUCAAUGCCAUUCUGUGUGCUCGCAGUAAACCUCAUCUGAGACAAGUGUUUCACGAGUACCAGCAGAUGUGCGGCAAAGACAUCGAGAAGAGCAUCUGCAGUGAAAUGUCUGGAAACGUGGAGACUGGAAUGGUGGCAGUGGUGAAGUGCAUUAAAAACACUCCUGCCUACUUUGCUGAACGUCUCAACAAAGCCAUGAAGGGUGCAGGAACCAAAGACCGGACUCUGAUCCGUGUCAUGGUGUCCCGCUCUGAAGUGGACAUGCUGGAUAUCAGGCAGGAGUAUCUGCGGCUGUACGGGAAGUCGCUCUACACUGCCAUCUCUGGAGACACCUCUGGAGAUUACAAGAAGCUGCUCCUGAAGCUGUGUGGAGGAAGUGACUGAAGAACCAGGAAGUCAGACGCGUUACCGUGACGACUGGAUACGUGAUAUCAUAUAUUAAUCACGCUCGUAUAUAUCUAUAUGUCAAAUAAUGUCACUAGUGUCAUGUCAACUAAUACUGUAAUCUCUCUUUAAAACUAAGUUCACACCAAAAAAUAGGAUUUCAUUGUGCCUUAGAGAAAUGUAUUGUUAGUUGUGUUUUGCCGUCUAUUUAGACUAUGCAUGAUAUCUACAGAAGCUAUAUUUUGUACUGUGUCUUCAGUAUCUAAUGCGAAAUCCGUGCUGUCACUCGCAACCAAAAAUACAAUCUGUUCGAGAUGCCUUGGACGACGAGUCUUGAAGUACUGAAAUAUAUGCCAUAGUUUUUCUAUAGUGAGCUUCACGAUCUCUAUGCAAGAAGAAUAUAGGAUUAUAUAAAUCAUCACGAAGGUCUUGACGGGUCGGUCUCAUGAAAACGUGUCACAUUUCACCCCGAUAUCUAAAAUUUGAAAUAAUCUUCGCUUAAAGGCGAGUCUGUUUUAGGAUCGUCGAGGUCUGUUUGCAUUAUCAUACCUUUUCGUGACCCUUAGACGCGUUUUUCUGCUACAUUUCCUGCUAAAUUCUCCUUUUUCCUGGUGCCUUGUAGUAAAAACUAAUUUAAUCAUGUUUUGUUACAACAAAUAUUGCUUGAUAACAUAUUUUCCAUGCAUUAUUUGAGUUGGGAAUGAACUGUGCUCAGUUUCGUGAGGUUGGCCUGUUUGUUGUUCUCGUCCGUGACUAGCAUGAAUGUGAUUGGCUGCAGCAGUAGAGGGCAGUGAAACGGGAGAUUCUGACCUGUCUGGUAACAUGAAGACUACUCUUUUUCAGGGAUUUCUAACCUGUGUUUUUAGUAUGUUCACUCAAACUAAUCUGUACUGUUGUGCCUGGUUAAUAAAAACACUUCAUGAAUGAUUCUCAGUGAA